GAUGCUGGAUCACAUUUUUCUCUCACUGUUUCCAAACUCUUCCAUCGGAUCUUUACGCACAGAGAAGCAGCAGAACAACACUCUUUGUAUUGUGUUGAACUGAGAGCAGCAGGUGUGAAACUUCAAACUCAUCAAACUCUGUCAUACUCUGUCAUACUAUUCUUUUUAAUUCUGAUUUAAGUGUUGCUUCUGGCUUGGAGACACUGUGGACACGUUGUGCCAAAAUGUGUCCCUGGCUGCUCGCCUGUGCCUCGGUGUCUCUCCCACAGUUCAGUGGAUUAUAAGAGAAGGACGAGACCUGCUGAUGGUGGAAGCUGUUCCAUUAAAGGAGUCCAUUGUGUUCUGAUCAUCUGCUUCAAGAAAGGAGAGAAGAGGAACACAGAGGAACCCUUUUUUGUGGUUUUACGCAUUUACGCAUUUUGGCACAAAAGCGCACCGAGAUGCAGCAUCGAACCCACGUCCUCCUGCUGCUGCUGCUGCUGCUCGGCUGGUCUGAUGGGGCCCGUCGGGUCAGGAAGAAGGCCUCCAGGACCAGGACUUGUCUGGACCUGCCUGAGGAGAUCCUGGAGCAGAUGUUCGGCCGGCUCUCUGUGGGAGUGAUGAGCGCCUUCCAUCAUGCGCUCCAGCUGGAGCCGCAGGACAAACUCAACCUCACCUGCCCGGCCAGAGCUGCUGCCUCCCCGGCCGCCAGCAAGAGCCGCCUCCCGGUCCACCUGCUCAGCAUGUCGCCCUGGGCCUACAGGAUCUCAUACGACCCGGCCCGGUACCCCCGCUCCAUCCCCGAGGCUUACUGCCUGUGUAAAGGCUGCCUGGUCGGCCCGUUCGGAGAGGAGAGCGACCUCUACCGGAGCACACCGGUCUACGCUCCCUCCGUCAUCCUCCGGAGGACCGGCUCCUGCGCCGGCGGCCGCCACUCCUACACCGAGCUGUACGUCUCCAUCGCGGUGGGAUGCACCUGUGUGCCGCUGCAGGAGAAGGAGAGGGACGGCCGGACCAGCAACCAGAGUCUGGAGGGAGCGAAGCCCAAAGCAGGGCGGCUCAUCUCUGCAGGAAAGAGAGCCUGAAGGAGGCCGGAGCCGGGGUUCUCCAGAUACGGUUCUACACCUGGUACACUGUUUUAUGGACAUUUUGAACAUGUUUAGGGGUUUAUACCUGAAUAAGAAGCCCCUGUAGCUGAAUCUGAACAAGCACACAGAGAAUAUUUGACCUAUAAAUCAACAUUUUUCAUCUGGAGGACUGUUUUUUUUGACUGUUUUACUCUUUUAUUUGACACACUUUCCUUCUUGACUUGGUUUUUAAGAUAUUUGGACCCAAACUUGAUGACUUGACUACACUUGUGCAAAAACAAACCAAUUCAAAGUGAUCUGGAGAGAAUAAACCUAAAAAUCCAGACUGGAAAACCAGAUUAAACUCUGAAGUUCACUUUGACAUUUGAAGUGGUUAUAUUAAAUUUGCUUCUCGUGUUUAGUAUCGCAGAUAUUUUGGGAUUUUUUGCUCAGAAAUGGAGGCAGAAAUAUCAGACAAACAUCUCAAAACCUGGACAAAUAAAAACACAACUAUCUGCAUGAUUAGCUGGAGCAACAUUUUGGAAAUGGAAGCAACCAAUGGAAGAACAUGCCUCGUUAUCAAUCAAUGACUGAUCAAUGCUGCCACCUGCUGAUGUAUAAAACAACUGCAAGUUCAUUCAUUAUAUUAUUCUGAAAUGCAGCAUUGCAUUUGUAAUUGUCAAACUAUCGACAGUUUGCAGACAUUUGGUUCACUUCUUCCAAUAAGUGUACAACUAAAAAAAAUGAACACUUUUAUAUUUCCUAGUUACAUUUUGCAUUUUCAGGAUACAGGACCUGCUUGGAAGUAUCCCAGAGUUCAGUUGGUUUAACAGCCGGUGUGAUCAUCAGACCAUAAAGGGGAUAAGAAAAUAAACACGCCUACUACA